UCAUCAAAUAAGAGUUUAUGGGAUCGUAUUAAAAGCUUUUUCGGGUCCAGUGAUUAUGAUGAUGAUGAUGUUAAUGUAGAUCAUGAUCCGAACUCCACCAGUGAUGCAUUUAAUUCUGAUAAUACUUCGAGUUCUGGCAGAAAAGAGGUCACUAAUUGUCCAAAUGAUGUUGACGCUGUGAUCACAAAUGAUGGCAAGAAUUACUUAUUCAGUGGAAGUGAAAUUUAUGAAUUUGAUGAUAAGGGUAUCAACAAAGAAUAUUCGUUGAAAAGUCUUUUUCCACGUGGACCACCAUUUGUUCAAGGUGCAAUGUCAAAUCCACGUACGCAUCGAACGCUUCUUUUCCAUGGUAAAAUGGUUUACGUUUAUAGUCGUGAAAUGAACAGCAAUAAAUUUGUUCUAGAAUCGGAUUAUCCUAAAAAAUUACCUGCAAAUUUGAAUUUCCAGCCAAUGGGAGCUUUUUUAUGGAGCGAAGGGUCACAGAUUAUUACUAACGGUAAUAAUUUUGCUACAUAUGAUGAGAACUGGAAUCGCAUAACACUGCAGAAUAAAAUAGAAAAUUACUUUGAUAAUUUUCCAAGGAAACCAAUCCGAGGUAAGAUAUGCUUUAAUACUAGUUGUAGUAUUUAA